AUGCGAGCUUCCUUGACGUGGACUAUUAAUGAUUUUCUAGCAUAUGUCAUGUUGUCUAAAUGGGGUAGGCAUGGAAAAAUGGGAUGUCCGCAUUGCAUGGGGAACACCAAGGUGCUUACGUUGGAAAAGGGGGGAAAAGUUCGUGGUUUGACUGUCACCAUAGAUUCCUACCAAGAAAUCAUCCCUUUAGAAGAAACAAGACUUAUUUCAAAAAAGAUAAACGAGUAA